AGUACGGCCAAUGUAACUAGCUCCACAUGAGCAGUUGAAUUCAUAGAUGCACAUUGAUGAGGCCAUCUUUGGUAAUUUAUCCUUUACUUGCUGUGUGAGUACUGGUUUAGUUGAGAAGUUGAGUACCAGUUUAGCUGCAGGAAAUGUUCUAUCUACUGCUCUAUUAAGUCGACAUUUUAGAAUGUCAGCUGCAAUUUCCCCUUUGUAACUUAACUUAAGAUACAAAGGUUUCUUUUCUACGGUAUCCACCUUACCUUGUCUGUAGGUAUUGACAUAUACUUUUUUAGGAAGCUCUGUGGAUAUCCAUUUUCUUGUAGUGUGAGUUUCAGUUUAUGCAUUUCUUCCUUA